UCAUUUUUUCACCUUAGUUGCAACAAAUAAAAUUGUUUUAAAUGGGGCGUGAUAAAAAAGAUAAGAAAAAGAAAAAGAAGUCAAGAAGACACCCAGAUAGCGAUAGUGAUAAUAGUGAUGCCAAAAUAUCUUAUGAAGAAGAAUUGGAAAAAUUAAAAGAAGAACGAAGGAGAAAGAAAGAGUUCAUCAAGACAAAUGAAACACCGGAGGAGAGGAGAAUGCGUAGAUUAGCAAAAAAAGAGGCCAAGGAACAAAAAUACAACCGGCUAAUAGGAGUCAAUGAUAUGGGAUACACCAACACUGACAAUCCAUUUGGUGAUAAUCAUUUGACAGAAAGUUUUGUGUGGAAAAAGAAACAUGAACUUGACGGAGUAAAAGAUAUUGGUAGUAUUGAACAGCGAAAUCGUCAAAAAGAAAAACAAAGAGAGCUGAAAGAGGAGUUGGAAAAAGUGAAGAAGAGAAGGAAAGAUAGAGAAGCUGAAAAAUUAGCAAGAGAAGAAGAAAUGACCUUGAUGCAACGUGAAAAAGAGGCUGCUAUGUUUUCUAGUUGGUCGAAGCAAGAAGAUGAUUUUCAUUUACACCAGGCCCGUCUUCGUUCAAGUAUCAGAAUUCGUGAUGGGCGAGCAAAACCUAUUGAUCUGCUUGCAGCAUAUAUCAAUCCUGAAGAAGAAGACUUGGAAGUUCAAAUGCAUGAACCUUAUGCUGCAUUGAUAGGACUGUCAAUUGACGAUUUGGAAGAUUUGAUCGAAGAUAUUAAAAUUUACAUUACUAUUGAUCAAAAAAAGAAUCUGGAGUUUUGGGAGGAUAUUACAACGAUGGUGAAAGAUGAAUUAGAAAAACUUAGAAAGAAAAGAAACGAAGGUUCCUCAUCUCGAAGAGAAGCAGUGAACACUGCUGUUCAAUCAGACGUUCAUUCCAUUUUUUAUGGAAAAACAUAUUCACAACUUCGCGCUCUGCAAAAGCAAAUGCGAAAAAAAAUUGAAGCUGGUGGUACAAUAGAUGUUGGUUAUUGGGAGUCAUUAUUACAACAACUGAAAGCUUUCAUGUCUAAAGCUAGAUUAAAAGAACGCCACCAAGCCUUUUUAAAGAAUAAAUUAAAUGAAUUAAAAAUGGAGACUGCUGUGGAGGACGACACAGAGUUACCUUCUCAACAUACGUAUCAACGCAAAGAACAACCUCAGGAGGAGGAGGAGAGUGAGAAAGAAAAAGAAGAGCCUGAUGAUGAUAAAUUUAAAAAACCUGCUCCUGUAGAUGAAGAGACGCUAGGUGAAGAUGAAGAAAAUAAAGAUGAUGAAGAAGAAGAAGUCGACCAAAAAGUGGAAUUGCAGAAAUUUACUGAAGCAGAGUUGUCUGAGCAAGCUAUGAAGGAUUACGAGGAGAAUGAUUACGAGCCACGGUUGAUGUUGUUUGGAGAUGUUGAAGAGGAGAAAUGGCUUGAUCCAACAGAUGAUAGUAAUAAAUUGAGUUAUCUAAGAGAGCAUGUGAAAGCUGGCUCAACUGUGGAAGAGGAACUAGAAGCUGAUAACAUGUUCAACACAAAAGUUCUCCAUGGUAUGAAUGAAAACGAAGAAGCUUUUAAUACAACUGUUGUAUUAAAAGCAAAGAAAUAUAAUUGGUCAGAUAAAUACAGACCUCGAAAGCCGAGAUUCUUCAACCGAGUUCACACGGGUUACGAAUGGAAUAAGUAUAACCAAACGCAUUAUGAUCAAGACAAUCCCCCACCGAAAAUCGUACAAGGAUAUAAAUUUAAUAUAUUUUUCCCAGAUCUUAUCGACAAAACCAAAACACCGGAAUACACAUUGACAUCAUGUGAGGACGAUCCAGAGUUCGCCAUUUUACGUUUCAAAGCUGGUCCUCCGUAUGAAGAUAUCGCAUUUAAGGUUGUCGACCGCGAGUGGGAAUGUUCAAACCGCCACGGCUUCAGGUGUCAAUUUUAUAAUAACAUUUUCCAACUUUACUUUCAUUUCAAACGUUAUCGAUACAGGAGGUAGUAUUCAUAAAGACAGGGUCACCACUUCUCGCAAGCAAUGUACAAUUCUUGAUGUUUUUAUUAACUUUUCCUGUAUUAUCAUUUUGUAUAUAAAUUAUGUUUUAAA